AUGCUUGUAGAAAGAACAGAUUGUUUAUCAGCACAAGAAAUAAGUAGUUAUCGGCUAGAAAUUCAUCAGAAAUCAAAGGGGAUGUUCAUCGAAAACAAUCAAGGGGUGUUUCAUCGAAAAAAUUUGUGUGGCAAAAACACCAUUGAUAUAAAAAGCACUUGUCAAAUUCCAAGAAAAACUGCACUACGAUAUACUUAUAACCUCAUGCUCAGAACUGUUCUCAAUACUCUAAAACAACCAAGUACACCUUUCGCCAAGGGGAACACCAACAUAGUGCUUUUUCUCAACGACCCGAAAUGGUGCUUCCAAAAACACUACAUAGGUAGUGCACUAUCACAUCUAAAGAACCACGGACGUAGUUUAAGUCCUAAUAAUACAGAGACUGCUUAA